CAGAUGACACAGGAAACGAAUACCGCUGUUUUGACAUGAAGGAUGUCAAAGAUGAGAUCGUCAGACUCGAUGAGGGACUGAACCUGGUGAUUUCCCGGAAUCGAAGGACUCUGAAGCGUGUGGCCAAUCUGAUGUUGGCCGUUAACAGAAUGAAGAAGCCCCAAAUGUGCUGUCAUGAUCUUACUGAUGAGCAGCUCUGCAGUGCGAUUAUGGGCAGCCUGGUGGAUGAAAAAAUUGUCAAGAUGGAGCACAACUCAACCACAGGAAUUACAAAGUAUACCUUCAGACGUGUCAAAAGUGAGAAGCAGUUCACUCUGUGUGACAUCGCACAUAAAGAUCUGUGCAAAGAAGCAGAGAGUGGAGAGUGGAAGCUGCAGGCCGUCACUCUGAAAGGAGUUAAUUUCAAGCUGGCGCGGUACUGCCAUCCCUGCGAGGAUCGCUCCAAUAAGGGUCAGACCGUCGUCCUGUCAGUCAUGAACAGCGACAUGCACAUUACAAGCUCCAUGAACGACAACAAAGCUAUCCUGACUCUAGAGAAAUGCAGUGAGGUCAAAUUACAGAAAAUCAGCGACGACGAAAACAUGGACCGUUUCCUCUUCUACAAGAAAACCACCGGCGUUGAUUUGACCACCUUCGAGUCGGUCAAGUGUCCCGGCUGGUUCAUCAGCACCUCCUCUAACGACGAGUGCAAGGCUGUGGAAAUGUGUGAAGUGGACACGGCCUACCGCCUCACCAGCUUCAAAAUAAACUAAAAAAAGAGUAUUUGUAGGUUUUAAGUUGCUGUGCGUAGAUUGAAUGUAUUUAGAAUAAUGCUUAAUCUUCGCGUCGUCCUCCCGGGUCAAAUUGACCGCGUCUGUUUUGACUGUUCCUUCUUUCCUUCCUUCUGUCUGUCAUUCCUCCCUGCCUCCUUCUCUUUCUUUCCUUCCUCCCUCUUUCCUCCCUUCCUUCUUUCCUCCCCCUUUCUUUCUUCCCUCCUUCCCUCCUUACUUUUUCCUUCCUUCCUUCCUCCCUCCCUCCUUCUUUCCUUCCCUCCUUCCUUCCUUCCUCCCUCCCUCCUUCUUUCUUUCCUUCCUUUCCUCCCUCCCUCCUCCCUACCUUCCUCCCUCUUUUCCUUUCUCCCUCCUUCCUUCCUCUUUUCCUUUCUCCCUCCCUCCUUCCUUUUUUCCUCCCUCCUUCCUUUCCUUCUUUCUCCCUUCCUUCUUCCUCCCUUCCAUCCUUCCUUCACUCAGAACAACAGGAGGGUUAAGACACUGACAGAGCAAUGAAUUGUGUUUU